UGUCUCCCUUGUGUUGGUGCGGUGGGUUUGUGAACAUCGACAGAGUGACUGGUCCUGUGCGUAGACGAUCUUGGGCGGCAGGAGUACGGAAGCCGCCUGUUGACAGAGGACGAGACCGGGACAGGAGCAGGACCAGGACCAGGACCGGGACAGGAGCAGGGAUACGGUUAGGGAUAGGACCGGGACAGGAGCAGGGAUAGGACCGGGACAGGAGCAGGGACAGGACUCUGUAAGCGGCGGGCUGCUCGGGUCGUGUCGGCCGUGCGGAGCAGCAGCAGCAGCGGACCGCCAUGGACAGGACGGCCGUGGUGAAGGUCGGAGCCGCGGCCAGCGCCAGCGUGUGCGCCCUGCUCGGCGGGGUGGUGCUGGCCCAGUACAUCGUGGCCAAGAAGAAACGAGCGGGCAAGAAGACCAGGAUCAUCGAGAUGAUGCCUCAGUUUGAGAAGUCGACGGUCCACAUGAGGGACCCUGAGCGGGUGGAGCAGAUCAUCUGUGGUCUCAUCAAGGGAGGAGCUUCCAAACUACAGAUCAUUACAGACUUUGACAUGACGUUAAGCAAGUUCGCCGUCAACGGGAAACGCUGUCCCACGUGUCACAAUAUCAUCGAUAACUGCAAGUUGGUGACAGAGGACUGCAGACAGAAGCUGCUGCAGCUGAAGAAUAAAUAUUAUCCCAUCGAGAUCGACCCUCAACUCACCAUGGAGGAGAAAUACCCGUUCAUGGUGGAGUGGUAUUUCAAGUCCCACACGCUUCUUGUGGAGCAGCGGAUAGAGAAAGACAAACUGGCCGAGGUGGUGAGGGAGUCUGAAGCUGCACUCAGAGAAGGCUUUGAGCAGUUCUUUGACCGCCUGCAGCAGCACAACGUGCCUGUCUUCAUCUUCUCCGCCGGCCUCGGUGACGUCCUGGAGGAAAUCAUCCGCCAGGCCGGAGUCUACCACCCCAACGUCAAGGUUGUCUCCAACUUCAUGGACUUCGAUGAUAACGGCGUCCUGAAGGGUUUCAAAGGAGAGCUGAUCCACGUGUACAACAAACACGACGGCGCCCUGCGGAACACAGAGUACUUCAAGCAGAUGAAGGAAUACUGCAACAUCAUCUUGAUGGGUGACUCGCUGGGGGACCUCAGCAUGGCCGACGGCGCACCCAACGUGGAGAACAUGCUCAAGAUCGGCUUCCUCAACGACAAGGUCGAGGAGCGAUUGGACAAAUAUCUGGACUCUUAUGACAUUGUCCUGGUGAAGGACGAAACUCUGGAAGUGCCCAACGCCAUCCUACAGAAGGUUCUAUAACUCCUCCCACAAGCCCCCAACGACCAGUCCUCUCCUCUUCCUCCCAGCCCUGUGGCCUGUCUGUUAACAAACAGCCACAUUAACCCUGGUCCCAGGUGCAGACUGGUCCCUGUUGAACACUCUACUCAUCUUCAGACCCCCCGCCCCCGCCCCACACACACACACACGUGAUGGAAGCCUUUAUUAAAGCCCCCGAGAAUGAACAGUUUUAAAAGUGCACACAGCAGCAGCAGCAGCCCGUCGCUGGUGUGUUCUGUCCGUUUGAUUUCUGACGUUUUCCUUCUCAGUCAUUAAAUCAUCUCAGAAAAACCAAAAGUGAGUUUUUAAAAACAAAUUCUCCAUUUUUCUAAUUUGCACAUUAUCGUUAAUAUUAUUAUUCAUGGCUUUAUUUUUCCUAUGGUGAUGUUUUUAAACCAUAAAUCAGGUGCCCACGGAUGUACAGUGUUUUUCUUCUACUUUUCCCAGCAUGCACCUCCUGUCUGUUUUCUUUACGCUGCAGUGUCAUGGGAGAAGUUCAGACAAGAACAAAGGACCUUGGGAACUGUGACUCAUGUAAGAAUUCGAAUGUGUUGCCUGGUGACAGCAGCAGUUCACAGUAAUAACCCCCCGACACAGUAUUGGUUUAAUGAAACAGAGGAUUCACGUCACCAGAGGGAACCAGCUGGAUGAAUUCUGAACCUCCGGUGAUCUUGAUCUGAACCGGUUCAUGCACUGAAACGCAAUGUUUACAUGAGACUUUUUCAAUCUCAGCGUUUUCUCAUUUAGAUUCAUAUCAACACACGAGAGGCAGGAAUGUAUUUAGUCACUGAGAGAUUCACGUCAUAUUUUAAAUUUUUAAUUCGUGAGCCUCAGUAAUCCAGUGUUCUCCUCGUCAGUGUUGCUCCAAGGUUAAAAAAAGGGAAUAAAUAACUUGACCUCUAGUUGAACUACAAGAGUGAGAAAAGCCCCUUCCUGCAAUUUCUUAUUUAAAAUUAAAUUAUAGGAUAUUACAGUCUAUCUCUAGGGUUGUUUAAGGCGACAUUAGAGGAGACUCACUGUGGCUCCGUUAAACCCUCUGUCAUCCUGUGGCUAAAACUCAACCCUACCUCUGAAGUACAUUUUUAUUUUGUGAGGUUCAAAGCUAAAACGACACUGUCUCACUUUGUCUCAUGUUGUGUUGUUGAAUGUUCUUUUUUGAGACUUUGUGUUUGUUUUUAAAUGUGCUGCUAUCACCUGCAUGUUGCCUUUUCUUAUUGUUAAGUUUAUGUCAAAGAAUAUAAAUAUAAAUAUAUAUAUAUAUAAAUAUAUAUAUACAUAAAAUGGGAAUACUGUCAUACUGUAUAUGUGGGCAUCAUAUGGAAAUGUAUAUUACUUCAUUGCAUUUGGAGAUAUUUCCAGUAUAGACCGGUGUGUGUGUGUGUAUUUUUAUAAGUUUUCUUUUUUUCUUUGAGCGUGUGAACUGAAAAUGCAAUAAAAAAUCAUUUUGUGA